AUGUCUAACAAUGCUGCAAGCCUCGACGACGAUGACUAUGUCGCGAGACUGCUCGCCGAAGAUGCUCGCAAGAGUUCCCUCCGGUACGCGGCGCAGGGCACGUAUGCUUUGACGGGCCAACGGCCGGCCAAUGCAGCUCCGAAACCGAACACGCGCUUCCUCAAAACUCUGGUACGCGAAGCCGACAACCACAAUGCGGCUCUGAAGAAAAAGGAAGAACUCGAGGCAAGGAUACGUCUGAGGAGACUCAGGGACGCCGAUGGAUCGAGCGUAUCUGCAGGCGAUACUGCCCGCCGAACGACACCGCGGCGGCAGCACCAUCGAGAAAGGGAGGAUGGCACAGAGAACGCACGAGCGAGCGACGAUGGCCAGCACGAGCACCAGAAACGAACACGAACACGGCAUACUCGGUACGAGGAGGAGAGGAGUCACAGGAGGAGCCGGAGUCCCGAGCGCGGAAGCGGUGUGCAUGAACAAUCACGACGGCGGCCCAAGACGAGACACAGCCAUGACUACUCCAGUGAGGACGAUAGGCAUUCCAGGAGAAUAUCCCACCGCCACCGCCACAAGUCAUCAAACAGACUGUCAUCUCGAUCGAGAUCACGGAGCCGGCAGCCACAAAAAGAAAACGAGCAAGCGUCACUGCCAGAUCCGAAAAGAAAGAGCCGGCAUCAUCAUUCCCAUGAGGACUUCGCGGUCGAACCGGCGCAAGCAAACGAUAACAUUGACAAAGAACCCCCACGGUAUCGAAAGAGUCGCCGCCGAAAUCGUCGCAGUCGAAGCGCCUCAUCUGACAAAUCGUCUGCAUCUUCAGAUCCUCUCUCCUCGCUGAUCGGGCCAGAUCCACUCAAUGAUACGACCACGAUCAGAAGAGGUCGCGGAUUCAACCGUGGGCCUCAACCCCACAGAUCAAACAUCGAUGUCCAUUUCUCCGCAGCAUACGACCCUACUCUUGAUGUUGACGAAAAAGAAGAUGACUCUUCUCCUCCUGGAGGCCGAGGCCGAAGCCGCGACCCUGGCGACGACUGGGAAGACGCCCUCGAAGCGCUUCGCGACCGUCGCGCCUGGCGAACCAAGCAGGCCGACCGCAUGCGCGAGGCCGGGUUCGACGAAGACGAAAUCGAGCGGUGGAAAAGCGCAUCCAGCAGACAAACAAUGCGCGACGGCGACGGCGACCCGGACAUACAGCAUGUCAAGUGGCGGAGAAAAGGCGAGCCCAGGGAAUGGGAUGCCGGCAAACUCCAAGAUGAAGACGCCGUCGACAGUCUUGUUCAAGUUGCGAACGAGUCGUCGGAGCCGGACAAGGUUCAGCCUCGCCAGAAAGGCUCUGCUUCAUCCUCAGUUCCUCCUACUACUACCACUAGUAGACGAGGCUCGGUGGGCAGAUCGAUCGAGAAAGCGUGGCGCGGGCCGGAGAAUGGCUUGUUGAAACAAUUCCGCAGCGCUCUUGGAUAG